UUUUCAUCACUUAUUCUCUUUUCAUGAAUGCAGAAACAAAAAAGAAUUGAAUAGGAACUUUCUCAAAGAGGGUCACAAAAGCCAUGAAUUACUCCUCCCAUUACCAGCAACAGACGUACGAUCCAUCAUCUUUGACCCAACAAAUUUAUGACCAACCCGCAAAUGAUUACUAUACUUAUUCUUAUCCAAACCCUCAAUACACCAGUGUUCAACCGUAUUCGUAUCCAAAUCUCAUUGUACAACCAUCACAACACGAACAACAAGAGCUUCAUCCACCAGGGGUCACCGCGCUGCCUCCGCCACCUCCACAUCAAGAUCAGUCUUCUAAUUUUCAGUACCACGCGCAUACUGCUGCCGCUGCAGUUCUUCCUGUGGGCCCACAACAUGGGGGAGUGGAUUCGGGUAUCGGGGUUGUUCAUCAGCCGAUUGUGCAAUCUUCUUACGAAGGUUUUAGCAUAGUCAAUGGUGUGGCACCCCUUGGAGCUGCCCAAACUCAUCUCAGUCCUCAGCCAAAUGUCCGGGGCCGACCAUAUCGUGUUCGGGGUCGAGGCAGAGGCCGUGUAAUGCAUAAGCAUGUUGCAGCACGUGGUCAGGAACGAACAAUAUCCACUCAAGGUGGAUCGCACAUCCAAGGAGGAUCUCUUCCACCCAUGGCACAACCAUAUGCAUCAAGUUUUGGCCCAAUAUCAACGGCUAUUCAUAGUCCAGCUCAUAUAAUGCCUGCUUUGCCACCUCCAAGACUUGCAUGGUGUGAAUUCUGCAGAGUUGACUGCAAUACCCUUGAUAUUCUUGAACAACACAAGAAUGGGAAAAAACAUAAAAAGAAAUUGAAAGUUUUUGAAGAGUUACAAAAUCUCAACAGUAGGGUGAUUGGCAGACAAAUGGAACAGAUAUCUUCUUCUCAGUUGAAGCUAGAAGUUCCUCUCCAGUCUGAUGAGCGGUCCGAAAAACAAAUUCAACAAGAGAGUUUACCUUCUCAAGCUAUUAAUGAAGACAAUAAAGUUGCAGUUGGAAAUAGAGAGCUCGAAGAUGCAGAACCUACUGAAGAACCAGGAAAAAAGGUGAUAGAUCAUUCUGAAGGCCUAGCACAUGGAUUAAAGCGUAAAAUGAGGGGUGGUAAAGUUGGUAGAAGAACGAGGCCUUGUGAUCGAUCGAAAAGGACUGUGGAGCCUCCUAAGCCCAAAGAAGUUAUCCCCUUGGUAUGCGAAUUAUGUAAUGUAAAGUGUGAAUCUCCAAUUGUCUUCCAAAGUCAUUUGGCAGGAAAAAAACACAAAUCGAAAGCUAAGCGUUUCCUAGGCCAGCAAGAAACAUUCGGACAAGAAGUUCUUCCAGCACUACGACCUGCAAACCAAGAUGCUAAUGCUUUUCAUCAGCAAGGAUUUCGUAAUGAAAAUACUGGUAAUAAGGCUUCCACAGUGGAAACUAAUGUCAAGAGCACUAAGUUGGAGGCAACUGUAAGUCAGCCACAAGCACUUGUAGCAAACUCUGGAGUUCAGAUUCUGGUGAACAUUGAAGGAAUUUCAGAAGAGGGAUAUCCUCAAAGUGGAGCUCAAAGCGAUUGUCUAGUGGGUGCUCUAGUUACCGAACAAGUGGAGGGUGUAGUUACGACUGGGACGUUGGAGCCUGUUACAUCUCAAACAACCUUAGAUGGGGCUUCUGUUUGAACAGAGUGUGAUUGUUCUAUCCCUGGCUCAGGUUGAUCAUAUAUAGCUCUCUCUCUCCCAUCAAAGGGUAUAACUUUUUGUCGACCCAUCAAAACCAUCUUAUCCAGGUAGCUUAUUGACUCGAUUCGUUUACCUGUUUCUCUCUGCACAUCCUGUGAUAAUGCACUGAGUUUCUACGUAACCAUUAUGUGGAACUAUUUACUUGCUAACUUUUUGGCGCGCACCAAAUUGGAGAAUUUUAAGUUCUUAAGUGUUGAAUUCUUGUGCCUAUGGUUACAUAUGGUGAAACUAUGAUGUAUGGAGAUGGAAACUAGUAGAACUUUUCACUCGAUAA